AUGGAGGAUGCAGUGAAACGACCCAUGUUCUUCAAGUUUUUUAUGUCCGAGCACAGCUCUGAACGAAUGUUUUGCGUCCUCGAUGACCUGCCGCCCAGAGGUCGGGGCUUGCGGCGGCAGGUCCGCCGCAAGAGAGCCGAGAUCUGGAAGCCAUGGGCCAUGUCAAAAAUCCCGUUGGCCUUUCAAGAUUACAUCAAAGGCCGGCGGCCUCAAGCGGUUUCGCUAACCGGCCCUAGUGGUGAUUCCUGGAUGGUCGGCCUGAUGGAAGAAGAGGGUGCGCUCUAUUUCGGUGGAGGGUGGCCCCAGUUCGUGGAGGAUCACUCUGUACAGAUUGGUGACUUCUUGGUCUUCUGGUAUGAUGGCGAAGAUGGCUUCGACGUGCGAGUGUUCGACCCGACUAUGAGCCCGAUGGAGGCUUCUUUUUUUGCCUGGAAUUCUCAUCGAGUCACUACCGAAUCGAUCGGAUCUAACGGGGUCGGGUUGGUUAAACAGGAAAGCGACACAGGUGGAGCAGAAGGAUCAUCCGGUGCCGAUCACUUCUCUUUUCAGAUAACCAUGAAAGCGUACCACGUCAACCAAGCCAUCUUGUCGCAUUUCCUAUCCGGCUUGUCCAUUGUAUUGAUAGCAGCAAAUUGCUUAGGGAAGUGGUGGCCGGUGUGGAUGAUCCGCAGGAAGGACAUCACCAAGUGGGAGAGCUGGUUGUUAAGCAAAGGCUUUCGAGCUUUUAUCCGCGACAACCGGGUCGAGGAAGGUGACACGUGCACCUUCGAGCUCGUGGGUCCAUCUUUGCUGCGUGUCCGCAUAUCUAGGGCAUAG